CAGCAAGCGCCGCGGCUCAGGAUGCAGCCGGCCGGGAGCUCUGCCCCCCGCCCGCGGCGCGGCGCCUCGGAGGGCCGGGGCCAGGCAGCCGCAGAGAGCCGGGCGGGGCUCAGGUCGGCCCGCGGUGGGCGGGGGUUGCCCCCCGUCCCCGCCCUCCACAUCCGGGGGCCCGGCCGGGCUUGGGGCUGGCCGAGCGCCGGUGAGUCAGGCCGGGUUUUUCCUCCGCCUCUGGGGCAGGCGAGUGAGCGCCGCCGAGCGCGUCCCUCCCUCGCCAAUCCGGCUCCGGCGGCCGCCCGCCCGCCCGCGUUUUCCCGGGGCCCGCCGCCCGGCCUCUCCGGCCCGGCUCGCAGUCUGAGCUGGAGCCAGCGCCUCGGAGGGAAGGCUCAAAUCCGCGCCAGGGAGCUGCUGCGCGCGAGGGGUGCGGAGCGGCGCCAGCAUGAAGCAGCUGCCCAUGCCCUGUUGAACUUCAUGGCCACAGCCCCAGGCCCUGUUGGCAUUGCCAUGGGCAGCGUGGGCAGCCUGUUGGAACGGCAGGACUUCUCCCCUGAAGAGCUUCGGGCAGCACUGGCAGGGUCUCGGAGCUCCCGCCAGCCUGAUGGGCUCCUCCGGAAGGGCUUGGGCCAGCGCGAGCUCCUCAGCUACUUGCACCUCCCCAAGAAGGAUGGCAAAACCACCAAGCGGGCCUCUCGGAAUGAGCCUGCCGACUAUGCCACCCUCUACUACCAGGAACAUCCUCGGGCAGGUGACUUCAGCAAGACCUCACUGCCAGAGCGGGGUCGCUUCGACAAGUGCCGCAUUCGCCCGUCAGUGUUCAAGCCUGUGGCAGGCACGGGGAAAGGCUUCCUGUCCGUGCAGAGCCUGGCGGCCCACAAGGGCCAGAAGCUGUGGCGCAGCAACGGCAGCCUACACACGUUAGCCUGCCACCCGCCCCUUAGCCCAGGGCCCCAGGCCAGCCAGGCACAGGCCCGUGCCCAGCUGCUACAUGCCCUCAGCCUGGACGAAGGCGGCCCCGAGCCCGAGCCCAGCCUGUCCGACUCCUCCAGCGGAGGCAGCUUUGGCCGUAGUCCCAGCACCGGCACCGGCCCCUUCAGCUCCUCACUGGGCCACAUCAACCAUCUUGGGGGCUCCCUGGACCGGGCCGCAAGGGUCCCCAAGGAGGCUGGACCACUGACUGUGCUAGGCUGCCUGCCUGAGCCACCGCCCCCCUAUGAAUUCUCCUGCCCCACCGCUGAGGAGGGGGUGGCCAUGCUGCCCAACACCUGUGAGGAGCUCAAGAUGAGCCUUGCAGAUGAGGAUGUCUCCAACCCCUUCACGCAGGUGCUGGAGGAGCGCCAGCGGUUGUGGCUGGCUGAGCUGAAGCGCCUCUACGUGGAGCGGUUGCACGAGGUAGCUCAGAAAGCCGAGCGCAGUGAGCGCAACCUGCAGCUACAGCUGUUCAUGGCCCAACAGGAGCAGCGGCGCCUGCGCAAGGAGCUGCGGGCACAGCAGGGCCUGACUCCUGAGCCCCGCUUCGCAGAGGCCGACCCCAACGCCCGACCGGAGGAGGAAACCCGAUGGGAGGUGUGCCAGAAGCAAGCAGAGAUUAGCCUCCUGAAGCAGCAGUUGCGGGAGGCCCAGGCCGAGCUGGCACAGAAGCUGGCUGAGAUCUUCAGCCUGAAGACGCAACUUCGGGGCAGCAGGGCACAAGCCCAGGCCCAGGACACAGAGCUGGCCCGGCUGCGCGAGGCUGUGCAAAGCCUCCAGGAGCAGGCCCCUCGGGAGGAAGCCGCAGGCAGCUGCGAGACCGAUGACUGCAAGAGCCGGGGACUGCUGGGGGAGGCAGGAGGCAGUGAGGCCGGAGGUGGCACCGAGCAGCUGCGGGCCGAGCUGCUGCAGGAGCGGCUCCGCGGGCAGGAGCAGGCGCUCCGCUUCGAGCAGGAGCGGCAGACGUGGCAGGAAGAGAAAGAGCGGGUGCUACGCUACCAGCGGGAGAUCCAGGGGGGCUACAUGGACAUGUACCGCCGCAACCAGGCACUGGAGCAGGAGCUGCGGGUGCUGAGGGAGCCCUCCACAGCCUGGAGUCCUCGGCUUGAGUCCUCCAAGAUCUGAGGCCAGUGGAAGGCGCCUAGAGCGAAUGCACUGUCAGAAGAGGGCUUGGACAAGCCCGCCCUGCCACGGUGGCUUCUGCCUUACAGUGGUCUGGGGCAGAGUCUGCUGAGGCCGGCCAGGGAUGGGGAGGCCCCCUGGGAGGAGGAGGUAUCCAGUGGUCCUGGUGGCUGGAUAGGGUACCAGCAGCAAGAGCCAGGGCAAAGCCCUCCUGGCAGAAGCACCCAGGCAGGGCCCAGCCCUGCUCCCAGGAGUCGGUGUGGCCCGGGGAAGGAGGCUGGGGAAUGAAGAGCCCUGGUGCAGAAGGGCAGGCUAGAUGGUGGGAGGCUGGAAUGGGAACAUUGGCCUCCCCAAGAAUAAAACCACGUUUUCUAUGAGGAGGUCAUGGGUUGAUAGGUUGGGCCUGGUGCAGGCCUGAGUCUAAAGAACCGUGAAUGGUCGGGGUUGGGGUGCUGGCCUGGGCUGUAGCUCCCUGCAUGGUCAUCGUCUGGGAGGGUGUGCCCUGGGCCUGUGCACGAACGUGCUGGGGAGUAGAGGAAUCCUUGCCCCCUCACCACACCAUUCCUUAGCUGCCAUGUGGGCUGAAAUUCUUUUCUUCAGCACCAGAGGGAUUUCUUAGAAGAAACAAUUCCAGGGAACCCAGGAGAACAAAAGGGAAAGUCAGCUAAAUAAGAUGUUGCUAGGACAUUAGACGUUCUUUUGGGGUAAAGUCUGGGCCCUGGGUGCUCAGGCCUCUGCUGGGUUUGGGGCUGGAGCAAGGCAGAUUCUGCUGGGGCACCCCAAGGCUCCGCUAGGGCCCCAACUCUCCCAGAAUGCAGCUUCCAUCUUUCUGUCUGGCUAUGGUGCACCCUCCACUCAGGGAAGGGGGUGCUUGGAAAGGUGCAGGAGAUGAGGCAGAGAAAGCUUGUGCGUAGGUCACCUGGUAAAAGAACAUUGAUAUUUCCAGAGGCAAUGGCGAGAGGGACAUGGUAUUUUUAAGGAGAGGUGAUAUGUGAUCUGAUUUGUUUUCUGGAAAGUUCUGUCCAGAGGGGAAGCAGCAGCCACUCCUACCUGUUUUCCCUGCACCAGCUCCCUUACCCUUACUCUCAGCCAAGGCUGGUCCCUGCCCCCCAGAAGCUCACUCCCACCCCUGGCCUCAGCAGUCUUGUUGCCCCUCUAGGGCUCUCUCCUGUGUGGGUGGCCUGGUGACAUCUACCCAUUCCCAGGGUGAAACUGCUUCCUCACGGGUACAUCACUGUAACUGGGCCACACAUCGAGUACAUCCUUUCUGCCAGGCACUAUUCGGCCACCAGGGGUAAAUUAGAUGUGCUUCCUGCCCCAGGGGUGCCAGCCUACAGUCUGUCCUCCCAGCCCUGCCCUUGGGGGCAGCAGCUGACAAGGUCUCUGCAGAAAUCCUGUUUGCUGCCUUUGGCAGAGCCCACACCCCACCCCAGGCCAUGCCUGGCAGCUUCUUGGGCCCCAGCAGGUAGGUCCUGGCAGUGGCAUCCCUGUGUAUGGUAAUGGAUGAGGCUGUGGAAUGUGAGCCAGUGUGCCCCACCUUUUCAGGGUGGAGAGAGGGUGUGUGACUUGUCUGCUGUGCGGAUGGUGUGUUUAGGGCUGGCUGAGUGGCAGGUGUGUGUAGAGCUGUCCUGUAGGUAGUGGGUGUGGUUGGGGAGGUGUUUGGAGUCCCUGGAUUGGAGGCCAGGGUCCCUGACCACUCCCUCUGCCCUGUUCCUUCCCAUUAGCCCUGGCCUCUUAUAGGGCUGGCCAGACUUGGAUGGAACCUGUGGCCAGGACUGACCCCUAAGCCUAAUUGAGAUCCAUCUAGGCCCGUCCCUAAGCCUUCAUGGGGAGGGAAAUGGGGGAGCACCUGAUUAGACAGGUCGGUCCCCCAAAGGCCUUGAAACCCAUUUCAUGGACCUUUCCAAACAGGUCUCUGGGUCAGUGACUCUUGACACGGCCUCCAAGAUACGGGUGCUGGGCUGAAACCUGGGUCGCUCCCUCCUUGCAGCCUGGAGCUAGUCCAGCUGGGUGCACACGUGCCCCGCAAUGGCCAGGGCCCAUCUUUCGGUGUACCAUCUCUGCAGAACAGCUCCCCACCCAGCUAUUAGAGAGCUGGGCCGGCCAGUACAGCCAGAGGGGAGUGGGUGGGCCGUACCAAAACUUGGCAGCUGUGCCAGAAACCAAGGCAGGGCCCAGAUGUAGGGGAGGGCACAAGAACUGAAGCUGAGGCGUCUCACAGGGAACCAGAUCCUUGUUAGCUCAUCCCUGCUGGGCAAACCAGUUCCUGGUCCCCAAGCCGGCUGGGUGGCUCUGGGACUGGGGAUCUCAGGUGCUACAAUGGUGGCUACUGCUUUGGGACAACCCCUCCUGACUUGUCUCCCCAGCUGCCCUGAGGCCCCCUCACCUAGCCAACUAGGCCCAGGCAGUCAGUUUUCUCCAGAAUGGAGGUGAACUGUAACUGGGCUCCCUGCGUUUGGUCCCUCCUGUUCUCAGCUCACUGUCAUACCUGCAGUUCCCUGGAACUCUUAGCUGACGGCCUGGCCUCCAAGGUCACUGACAGUGGUACCCAUUCUGAGCCCAGCAGCCUUCUGGGUCCUUAUCCUCCUGGCAGACCCUCACAGUGCCCAGAUCUUGCCUCCUCAGGGAAACCUUCCCUGAAUUCAUGCCCUGCCCUAUCUAAGUGAUCCCCACUCCCUCCGCCUACAGACCACACAGCUGUACCAGCUCUCUCUGUGCAGCUGGAAUUGUCAGUCUGCCUCUCUCUGGGCUGAGGGCAUUGCAGGGCAGGGCCAUAUCAUUCAUUCCCAGAGCCUGCUACAGCUCCAGCCCAGAAGGCACUGGGGGCUUUGAGUCAGGAGGGAGGAGAUAGCUCCCAGUUCACCAUUCAUGGGCACCUGGUCUGAACCAGGUCUGCACCAGCCAGUGGGGCUCCAGAGGCAGUCACCAUUCACUGCACAGCAAUGUGCUGAGUGCCUCCCUCAGACCUGCCCAGCACAGGUUGCAGAGGAAGACAUCUCCAGUAGUGACCAGGCCAGAGGAGGGCAGGCCUACAGACAUGGGGAUGCGAGGGGCCUCCAUGGUGGCAAGCAAGUCAGCUGAGGACGGAGAAGGCAGAGGAAGCUUGUCUGGGGUGUGAGAGUAAAUUUCUCCGAGACUAGGUGUUAGGGAACCUUUGUCGUGAGAGGGUGCAGGCCGCACAGUGAUGAUUCAGGUGGCAUAACCCACCAUCCUAAUGGGUGGGCCUUAGCCCUCUAUACGGGAUUCAGAAAAGGAAAAAUGCUAUUUUUUAGCAACAAAAAAGUAAACCAUGACCCAAGUGGUGAGUCCUGAGUACUGUGGAAGUUGGAAGGAAAGCUGGCUGGCUUUCCACUGCAGGGGUGGGGUGGGGUGGGAGGAAUUAGCAAAGCUUAGCCAAACUCUGGCCAGGUGCUCUGGGCUUUCUUCUUGACUAGGCCUGACCUCAGAAGGUGUCCUUCACUGUACAGUCCAUUUCUAACAAGAAUCCUGUUAAGUUACUUGAGCCAGAAUCCCCUGCGCUCCAUAUCUAACUGGCUCCUCGUCCUCUGCAAUCCCCAGAGGGAUGCCUGGCCUGCCUUCAGCAACAAUCCUGUGAGGUCACAGUAGCGAGAAUCCCCCUAACCCCGGAGGUUUCCUCUUAGUAAUGUUCAGCCACCGACGCCCACCCCCCACCUCUGCUGUAAAUUCUUUUCCUUGUUGUAUUUCGGAUUGACCCCACUCCUACUACAAAACUCCACUGCAGUGUCCCCCUCUAAAUAAAGUCCUCCUUACCACUUU